GUACGCUCCUCCUUCCUCUCGUUUUCCUUCUGCUUCCACCGAAUCGCACUGUUUGACAUAGAAGAAGAAGCUCGGAAGCUGCAGAAGAACUAAAUCUUCAGCCAUGUCGGACGAGGAGCACCACUUCGAAUCGAAGGCCGACGCCGGAGCCUCCAAGACCUACCCGCAACAGGCCGGAACCAUCCGGAAGAACGGUUACAUCGUCAUCAAGAACCGUCCAUGCAAGGUGGUUGAGGUUUCAACUUCUAAGACAGGCAAGCACGGCCAUGCGAAGUGUCACUUUGUUGGAAUUGACAUCUUCACUGCCAAGAAGCUCGAAGAUAUUGUUCCAUCAUCCCACAAUUGUGAUGUGCCUCAUGUUAAUCGUACUGAUUAUCAGCUGAUUGAUAUCUCUGAGGAUGGAUUUGUGAGUCUUUUAACUGACAAUGGCAACACCAAGGAUGACUUAAGGCUCCCAACUGAUGACAACCUGCUCUCUCAGAUUAAGGAUGGUUUUGCUGAAGGAAAGGACCUUGUCGUGUCGGUGAUGUCUGCCAUGGGAGAGGAACAAAUUUGUGCCCUGAAGGAUAUCGGCCCAAAGAAUUAGCUGCUUUUUACACCAAGUUAAGUCGUCGUCGUGUCAACUGCUUUUGUCGCCAAAAUUCCUCGAUUGAAUCCUGAAAUGAUGGUAUAAUUAAUUAGCAGAGACUUUGUAUCUGUUAACUCUUCUUCCCCACCUCACCUUCUGGCCCUGGAUGUAUGGUUGGUUCGUGCAUCAUUACUGUGUUUUAUGUUGUGUUAUUUUAUGAGAUUGGGUUUUUGGAUGCUUACUUUGAUAAUCGAAGUGAAUAAUUUUUGCGAAUGCA